GUAAAUAUAACAAAUUGCUUAUGCUUUUCAGGUCCAGAGUUAAAUUUAGAGCACUACCAGGUUCAACUUAUUGGAGGAAAGUCCUGCCAAAAUGCAAAAUUUUCAUUUCAUCCAUAAUAAGGUUAAAAGAGAUGUAUUUGUCGGCAGUCAAUAUGGAUCCACAGAAUCGUUCGGAUGUAUAUCAGGAUUCGAUUUAAACUUACCUUCUUAUGCUGGAGAAAUUCAAGCCCCUGCUCUUGGAAUGGAUGUCCGAUGUGUUGACAAAAAUGGUUGUUUCGUUAUUGGAGAACGAGGCGAAGCGGUCAUAGCAACUCCUGCACCCAACUUUCCCCUUUGUUUGUGGAAGGACGACAACAACAGAAUACUAAAAGAAACUUAUCUCACCAAAUAUCCAGGCGUCUGGUAUCAAAAUGAUGAAUGUUGGGUCAACCCAAAGACGAAAGGACUGAUUGUCAUUGGAAGAAGUGACGACACUCUAAUACAGAAUGGUGACCGAUUUGGAGCUGGAGAUGUAUACUUUGCUAUUCAUGAGAUGGAAGAGAUUCUUGAUUACAUAUGUGUGAAUCAGAGUAGAAGUGAUGGUGACUCAAGAGCUGUCCUGUUCGUCAAGCUAAAAGAGGGCAGCAAAUUUACACCAGAGCUCAAGGAAAAGAUCUCAAAGACCAUAGAAAGGGAAUUGUGGAUCGACUGCGUCCCAAAAGUCAUUCUAGAGGCUCCGGAUAUACCUUACAACUUGAACAACAAGAGAAUGGAACGAGUUGUUCGGCAGAUUGUUGCUACGAAUGAAGUUCCUCAAGUCAACAACAUCAAGAAUCCGGACUGUUUGAAAUACUUUUGCAACAUUUCAGAGCUCGUAAAUUACGACAAGUGAAGAAACGUUCUGAAUCACAUUCAUUUCGAAUUAUUUCGAACACGUGAGUAUCGGAAGUGAUAUCUUCAAAGACGUAGAAGAGCACGCAUGUUUAAAAAAAAUAUUUACAACGAACGCAGAUAAAAUCUGACUUCAUUUCUUUAAUGAUCAUAAGAAACAUGAACCAAUAAUUACCACAGGCAGUUUCCUAGUUGAUUUUAGCUCUAAGAUCUAAGAAAGCUUUUAUACUUAUUUAUUUCAUAACCUGAAGUGCAUUUUUAUUAUUAUGAAAAUUAAAUGCCUUUGUAAUUUAUACGUUUGCUCAACAUUUAUGUAGAUAAAUUUUUCAAUAAAUCAAAAUAUUACAAAA